AUGUCAGAGUUCUGGUUAAUUUCUGUCCCUGGAGAUGAGGAAAAUUUGAGGAUCCUGGAGCGGAUGAAGAAUCUCACCUCCAAAGCCAACCUGUGCCGCAAUUCCAACUUUGCUAUUCCUGAUUUCAAGGUGGGGACCUUAGAUUAUCUCAUUAGCCUCUCGGAUGAGUUGGGGAAACUUGAUCAUUUAGCUGAAAGCCUCUUGAAGAGAAUGGUUCGUUGUGUUACAGAACAGAAGAAAUUCAAGAAUGGUGAACUUCAGGAGUACCUCUUGGUCACUGGAGUUUCCUUAGCUUCUUUUGUGACCCACUUUGAAUGGGAUAUGGCCAGGUAUUCUGCCCAGCAACCAUUGUGGACCAUAGUGGAUACGUUAGGGAAGCAGCUGACCCAAAUGGAGACUGAUCUAAAAACCAGAGUCUCAAUCUACAACAAACAGAAAAAACAUCUGGAGAAUAUGGAAGAGAAAAUGACUGGCAGCCUCUUUAGUAGGUCACUAUCAGAUAUUGUGAACAAAGAGGAUUUUGUGUUGGAUUCGGAAUAUCUUAUCACCCUCCUGGUAGUUGUUCCCAAAGGAAGUUAUUCUCAGUGGCAGAAAACUUACGAAUCCCUCUGUGACAUGGUGGUCCCUCGGUCAACCAAACUGAUUGCCGAAGACAAAGAGGAUGGCCUCUUCACCGUCACGAUGUUCCGUCAAGUAAUUAAUGAUUUCAAAGCCAAGGCUGCAGCCAAGAAGUUCACUGUUCGAGAUUUUUUCUACGAUGAAAAAGAGAUUCAAAGAGAACGGGAAUUGCUGAACAAGUUGCUUUCAGAGAAGAAACAACAAAAUGAUAGUUCCCUAAGGGUCAGGAAAAAACGAUCUUCAUCCUUCCUGGAUCACAUUGUGAAGGUGGCCAGAUUUGUCAAUCCCUGGAAGCGUCAACCCAAGCAGAUGGAGAGAGAAGAGAUUAAGACUGAGAGUGAAGGCAAGAGGGAGAGUCCAUAUCUACGCUGGCUCAAGGUGAAUUUUGGGGAAGUGUUCAUUUUCUGGAUUCAUGUAAAGACUUUGCGAGUGUUCAUUGAAUCUGUGUUAAAGUAUGGGCUACCUGUGAAUUUUAAUGUAGUAUUGUUACAACCUCAGAAGAAGUCUUUAAAACGUCUGAGGGAGAUUCUCAAUUUAGCUUUCAAGCACCUAGAUGAAACAGCAGCUAGUAUAAUGGAUACUUCUCUGGAUGUCCCUGGAUUUCAACUCAGUAACCAAGAUUACUUUCCUUAUGUCUACUUCAAUAUCAGCCUUAGCUUUUUAGAAGUCAGGUAA